CUUCUUACCACCAUCAUGUUCUCUCUUAUCUUUCUUUUCAUUCCCCUGGCUUUUGCUCAACAAUCCGCAGUCACGGACUAUGCGCCCUCCGUAAACCAGCCAUGCCCUGACCUCACGUCAACGGAGUUUGUCCGCGUAUGGGAGCCUCAAAAUCAAACAUUGAACGCUAAAGAGGAGAGUUACGUCUCAACUCGUCAGAAUACAACCAUACCUAUCGCUUGGGGAGACUGGCUUGGGGAUGGUUCACAGAUAGGCUACAACUUCUCUUCGUUCAAAGAUCUUCCCAAGGUCGGAAUCGCUGUCCCAGGUGGUGGUCUGAGAGCAGCCCAGGUCGGCGCCGGUACUCUCAGUGGCAUUGAUGCUCGUGAUCAGUCUGCUAAAUCAGCGGGAACUGGUGGACUUCUUCAAGUUUCAUCUUAUAUCACCGGGUUGUCAGGUGGCUCAUGGGUAACCUGUUCUCUCAUAAUGAAUAAUUUCCCCACGCUGCACGAUUUAGUCUUUGGCAACGGAAAGGAAUUGAACGGCUGGCAGCUCAACCUCCCCUUCGUAACUCCUGACGGAAGUAACCUGUUCUCGGAAAUGAAUCAGUAUUUUUUUGGGAGCAUACUCUGGAGUGUGAUGGCGAAAGCCAAAACUGGCAUAGACACUUCUCUAACAGACGUGUGGGCUAGGAUGAUAUCUUACCACUUUCUAAACCAGACUACAUCCAAAAACUUUUUCACGAAUGACUCUGCCCACGGCGCAGGUCAGUUGUGGUCGCACGUUCCUAAACUGUCGGCCUUUCAGAAGUUUGAGCUACCUUUCCCCAUGCUCGUCUCCGAUUCACGACCAUUCAAAUCCAACUUGACGACGGCGUUAACUCUCGAGCCUACCGUGUAUGAGAUCACCCCUUAUGAACUGGCGUCGUACGACCCAAAUCUGUCAGCCGGUGCAAAUAUGACCUAUGUCGGGACACACAUGACAAACAGAAAACCUGAAGGUGGAUCCACUUGUGUGACAGGUUUUGAUCAAGUAGGCUUCGUAAUGGGAUCGAGCGCUAGCCUCUUUAAUCAAAUACUUGAUUUUGGACACAACACUCUCCAGGGUUUCUCCGAUUCUGACGGUGCUGGACUCAUCUACGUACUUUCCCGUCAAUUGAGUGAAGUACGCACCCGUGCGGACGAUGUUGCCAAUUGGCCCAGUCCGUUCCACGGGUUGAAGCCGGAAAUUUUCGGUGACUCUCCAUCUACAUGGCUCGAGCUACUAGAUGGCGCAUCUAACCUAGAGAACGUCCCCUAUGGACCUCUUUUCGUGAAUAAGAGGGCUCUCGAUGUGAUCGUCACGGUGGAGAGCAGCGCCGAUGACCCUCAGAGCUGGCCCAAUGGCAGUUCGCAGAUUGUUACGUCGAGACGACUGAACACAAUCUUGAAGUCUUCACAUCAGCCCUUCCCCCCCAUUCCACAGGACCCACAGGCAUGGAUAGAGACAGGAGUACGCAGCCGCCCAACAUUCUUCGGAUGCGACCCCACUCAGAACCCCCCCGAGUAUCCUCUCAUGAUCUACCUCCCGAAUGCGCCACCCUUUAAUGGCGACGAUCCUGUUGCCAACACUGCCACUUUUCGUCUCACUUACACUUUGAAACAUUCCCAACUCUUGUUCGACCAAGUUCGCAAUAACGUCAUUUCCGGAUUCGUCCCAGGUACAAACGAAGCCGACCCAAACUUUGGCAAAUGCCUGCAAUGUGCCGCCAUUGACCGUGCUCGAAUGAAGGUCCAACCUUCGAUUGCACGUUCAGAUUUCUGCGGGAAAUGCUUCCAACAAUACUGCUUUGACCCUCAACAUCCUCCAAGUCUUUCGCAAGUGCCAAAUCGGAAACUCCAAUUCGUUGAUCCUGACCCCCAAGGAGUGGCCCAACUAUCGGGUUUCUUCGCGGUGAACAAGUUCAAGCUAAUCGGAGGUCUUAUUGGAUUGAUCGUAUUCAUCGGUUUAGUUAUUGGCGGGCUGAUAUGGUGGAGAAAGCGUCGGGAUGUGAAAUACAAACGUGUCAGUGCUUUGCACGGCGAGGAACCCUUGAACAAAUCUUAUGCAGAUUAUGUUCGCCCAGAGUCAUACGAAUUACCUGCACAUCAAGGGAGUCUCAAGGUUGAUGUUGCUGACGGACGCGCUCUAUAGUGUAGAUCAUUUUUUAUCAUCUCGAUUGGGGCUUGGUGUCGUGGACCAUCUGCUUUUAGUUCGACUUUCAUUCUGUACCUAUUAUGUUAUCGAGGUGACCUCGUGUUCAUAUAACAGCAUCUAAUAUACAAUAUAACUAUAACUCACGCACA